AUGGAUCUGAGUGCUAGGACACCAAUAGGAAAAGACCUGGGAUCCAAGCAAUCAGACACCAAUACACUUCCAAAAGUUAUGCUAGGGAAUCCAGAGCCAGGAUCAGUUUUGUCUCCUAAUGAAGCAGGUUUGCCUGAACAUAAGAUAAGAGAUAUUCUAGGAAACUAUUUGCAAUGCUUUCAAAGAAAAUCCUCGAUUUCUAAGGAUUUGAAAAAUUCAAUGAAUUGCCUGAACGACACUAUUGAGGACAGAUGUUUAUACUAUGGAUAUGGUCGUUUGAAUUUCACCGUUGAUUGGAUUGAAUGUGAAAAAUGUAAAGGCUGGAUUCAUGUUAGUUGCGACACUUCCUCAAUCGAUAUCCAAGAUGAUGUGUUUACUUGCAAAUUUUGUUCAGUUUCCCCUAACAAAAAUUUGAAAACAAUCAGUUUGAGAAGUAGGUAUUCUGAAUUUCUGGAAUAUCUAGAGAAGAAAAGUGAUGAUAAAAUUGCUAUUGAAGCAUCCACUAGGAAUCAAAGAGAUUCUCCUAAAUGGUUUGAGGAGAGGCGAAUGAGAGUAACGGCUUCUAAUUUUGGUUCCAUAUGUAAAGCCAGAUCUGUAGAGAGUAAAUUGAAUAUAGUACAGGAUUUAUUAUCGCAGGAUGUAUUCAGUAAUGCCGGUACGAGGCAUGGUGUAGACAAUGAACCGAAUGCGAUACAAGAAUAUCUUAAAAUACAUAACAAAUUUACUUAUCAGCGAUGCGAUUUGCUUAUUCACAAUGAAUAUUAUUUUCUUGGAGCAUCUCCAGAUGGAUUGUUGGAUCUAGAUGGAGUCCUAGAAGUGAAAUGUCCACAUAGCAUUAGGAAUGAAAACCCUAAUAAUGCGAAAUUGCCAUAUUUAGAUAUUGACGGCAAGUUGAAAAUCAGUAGUGAUCAUCAGUAUUUUCAAAUCCAGGGUAUACUGGAAAUCACCAAUAGACCUUGGUGUGAUUUUGUUAUGUACACUUUUGAAGGUAUCAAUGUAGAAAGAGUGCAUAGAAAUAUGCGUUUUUUCAAACCGAUGAUCAAAAGAUUGCAGGAAUUUUAUUAUUUCUUUUACCUGCCAAAUUUACUUGGUGUGGCAGAAUAUAUGAGAUGGAGACCUAUCAAUGAAAUUACUUUGUUAGACAAUGGCCUAGUAAGUGAUAUAGAAUAUUACAAAAAAAAUCCAAAAGAACGAGAAUAUUCAGUAGCAAAAUUUAAUGAUCUGGAUUUAUGCGUCAGUGAAUUGAUGGCUUCUGAUUUCCUAACUCUAGAUGGCGAGGUCAGAUUAUAUAAAAAAUUGGACUUUAUUGGAGGUACUGAUCCAUAUACCUUGAAACUAUCGGAGUUUGAUGUGCCUUUGGAUGAUAUUCCAAAGAUUGCUAAAAAUAUUAUCCUGGAUCAUUUCCUGUUCAGUGUGGGCCCCUCCACAUAUUUUGAAAUGAGAGCUUGCAAAAGUUUGGAUGCAUUUGCACAGUUAGCUAGCAAUAAAAGUGGAUUGAAUCUCUCUGUGCCAAGAAAUUGA